AUGUCUGGGCAUGGCGAGCAGAUGUACCAUCUGAGGGACAACCAUCCCAACAUACCAGAGGAAGAAAAUGAGUGCGCUCUCGUGAGCACCAGCAACUCGUCCCUCGCAGGCGCCUUGACGCUGAGAAGUUCAGUGCCGUACACAGUAUAUACCGCCAAAGAAGGCAAUUUCCGGCCGCUGUUACCAAUCACGUACUGUACGAACGGCGUGCGCGGUGUGCCACUGUCUGCUUGUUCCAACAGGGAUUUUCUGGAGCGUCCCGAUAUGCAUCUGCAGGCCUUCCCGGGAUUGGAAAAGACACCAAAGAUCCAGAUCAUCAUCUCUUGGAGCAAAUAUCCCGUCUAUACCAGCAGACAACUUAGGUGGAAGCGAAUCAAAUCUCACGUCACAAGGGGAGAGCUGGCACAGAUGGUCGCAGAAGAGAUGAGACUCUUCAUCAUCCAGGCCAACGAGAGUAAAGCCAACGAGAAUGUGGCCGUCGCCGACGCCCAAUGGAAAGUUGGAGGAUUGGAUGGCAUCAACUUGAAUGACAUCUUCCUCGUUGAAAUCAAGCACGCCUCCAAAUCCCGCGUGCAGCCCUACUUUGAGAUUGUCCCCAAUCAUUGA